CUUGUCCUGGGCAACUUAAAAUCCCACAACAUUGUUGAUCUGCAAUGUGCACAGCUAGAUUUUAACUGAGGUAAAGACAUUCUUAUAUAUUCACUGGCUAUACAAAGAAUUUCAAUUCGGGGACAAUAAAAUUGAAAGUUGAAGUGUGCUCACAGGAACAGCAGAAGCAACCUUUCUAGGAUUCAAGCAUAUAGCUUUCAGGACAAAGAUGUGAUGUUCUUCAACUAUUGCCUACUGCACAAUUUUUCUUUUUCUUUCUUUUUUUUUUUUUUACUAUUGGAAUAGACAUAGACAUGGAAUAGAUUUCAGUCAAAGAAAAGCAAUUCGGGAAAGUUCUGAACAGAAUAAAAAAUAACAUGGAGCUCAACACCGCAAACCACCGGAAUUUAGCAUCUUUGAAAAAUGUACUUUUCCCACCCUACUUUUUGGAGUUGUAAAUUCAAUUUCAGGCAACAUAGGUCUCUAAAAAACAUUCAACCAACUCAUGAGAUAAACGGCUAAAUGGCCAACUGAGGUGCAUUUGCAUAAAUGUAAGGUAAAAGCUAAUAGCAUAAAGGUAUGCUUAAAAUGUUUGUAUCGCAAUUGCGCUUUGAAUGUAGGCUAUAAUUUCACAAUCUUUACCAUCAAAAGUAUAGAACACAAAAUAAUCCGAUAAAAAUGCUACACUUUUACCACAUGGUGGCGCCGAUGACCACAAACCUUAAUUUAGGCCUUUUACCUGUAAUUUCCUACCCACUUGCAGCAUCUUCAAAUGCAGUUUUUCUAUAAUAACGACAACGGAUCUAUGUAUUCAUGCGGUGCAGUUCUGUGACAUGGCAAAUUUCUCUCAGUCACAUAGGCAACCGAUGAUAAAACAUUAACGUAAUUUCAACUAUCAAGACAAAAGCGACUUGUGAGCUCAUAAAACUAACAGGCUGAGAGCUAUGCCAUACAGCACACGAAGCACGUUAAAUGUUAAUAUUAAACCGCAUUUUGUUCAAACAGUAGGCUAAUUAUUUUUGGAAGUGAAAGCUGAUACACCAAAUAGACUGUGCAGUCAAAGAAAUGGGUUACGUUCUCCCAGAUAAAUAAAUAAAUAAAUAAAUCGGCUCGCCAUGGGUUAAAAUUCGGUUGACGUGUUGUUAAACAGAACUUGAAAAGCACGGUGUCCAGCAUUUCAUAGGCGCACUCGUUCCAGGGAAGCCACAACUAAAUAACGCAAGUAUUCUUCUCAAAACUCGUAGUCAGUUGCCUUUAUCAACAAGCGGAGACAGUGGACAGAGGAAGGAAAAUGCGCGUCUGUUCUCAGUAACACUUCUUCCUAGAGAGUGGCGGAAAAGGACGUCUUCGAAAAGCAUACAGCGCAGAAAAUAUAAUCCUCGUUUGAACUGAAAGAUAGAUAUUUUAUCAUCAAAAAAUUUUAUAUUUAUAUUUUUAUCUAUGCAACUAGCCUACUGUAUAUAGUUGUGGCCACGUUGUCAUUUUGCGGAGGAAAAGUAAAAGAGCAAGUAAGCAGAUGCAAAGAGCUAAGAGGAUUUGAAGCUGGACUAGAACCCGCGAGCUUCGAAGGAGAUUAAAUAUGAUCGUUGUUUUAUUUUAGGCAGCUCAGACGCAUUUAGUGAUGCUUGCGUUUCUAUCACGUACAUGUUAAAAGUCAGGUUAAUAUCACAACUCUUUCGGAGGUCUCUGCGCUUGCAGAGAAACGUAGAAAGGAAAAUAUAUGUCGGACUAAUUCAAGUCUUUCAAAUGUGAAUGGUUUAAAUAUAUAAGAAAAUAUUCUUCCACCAGUUUGAAGAGGCUGGAUAUCGUCGCUUGGAUGAAAGGGUGAUUACAGAAAUGGUGCACAUCCUAGCGCGAGCCUACAAACCCGCAAAAUUGGAUCUAUUUAUAAGCUAUAUUCAGCUGCAAUUAGUGAUUUAAGAAAGAAAGAAAGCAAGAAGGAAAGAAAAAUGAAAAACCUGCUCACGACCUUGCUUCUCCUCUCUCUACACCCGGUCACAGAAAGCAAAGUACAGAUUCCCACGACCGAGCUGAUAGAAUGGGGAGGAAGCGAUAAUGAAGAGAGUCUGUCGGCAGACGUGGCCAGCCCCAGGAUUGUAAACCCUCUGCGUCUGUUUGCCCAGGGAUCCCCUGGGCUCGGACAGAACAUCAGGGAAAUGACACACUUAGGAAGCACAGAGGACCUCUGGGACUGGUUAUCUAAUAAGACAGAUGUUCAGGAGACGCGUGCGAGAACUAAACGCAGGCCCAUAGUGAAGACUGGGAAAUUCAAAAAAAUGUUCGGGUGGGGCGAUUUCCACUCCAACAUCAAGACGGUGAAGCUGAACCUUCUCAUCACGGGCAAGAUCGUGGACCACGGGAACGGCACCUUCAGCGUUUACUUCCGGCACAACUCCACCGGCAAGGGGAACGUCUCCGUGAGCUUGGUGCCGCCAUCAAAGGUUGUAGAGUUUGAGACUGCUCAACAGUCCACGCUGGAGACCAAAGAUGCCAAAACGUUCAACUGCCGCAUCGAGUACGAGAUGUCAGACCGAGCCAAGAAGACCACUCUGUGCAGCUUUGAUCCGCCCAGGGUGUGCUACCAGGAACAAACUCAGAGUCAUGUUUCCUGGCUGUGUUCCAAACCGUUCAAAGUCAUAUGCAUCUAUAUCGCAUUCCACAGCGUAGACUACAAACUGGUGCAGAAGGUCUGCCCUGACUACAAUUACCAUAGCGACACACCCUACUUCUCUACUGCAUGACCCAAUCUGCAUGUUUCUGGGUCUCUCUGCAGUUGUAGACACCAAUGAGACAUUAGUUGACUCCCCCUAUGACCUUCAUCAACACAAUGUGUGCUCCUGACAGCUUCCUGUGAGCUUUUACAUUUACUUUUUUCCCCAGAUGUUGAAUAUCACAAUAGGCCAUGGGCAUAUCAUUGAUUAAUUCUUGCAUUUUUUCCCACUAGACUAAUAAAACGAUGUUGACAUGA